AUGGGGUUUGCCUUCCCGGUAAGAGCAGAUGAUGGUGGAGAAAAUGUUGCUGUAGGAGAUGUCAUGGUUCAUUAUAGGGGGAAAGUCGUGGUAGUUUUAUCACAGGACCAAGUGUUCACAACACAAGGAUUGAGAGGUUAUGGCGUGAAGUGGUUCACUGUAUAUUGUUCUCCUUCAAAAUGUCUUUCUGCAUUUGGAACAAAUGGGUUUGCUAAUCGCAGCAAUGAUAUUGAUCUUUAUGCACUCCAUUAUGUCUACAUGCCAAGGAUCAAUACUGCUUUAACACAAUUUGUGGACACUUUUAAUAACCAUGGACUUUCUAGUGAACAUGGCCUUACUCCUCAUCAGCUAUGGAUUUCUGGAAUUCUGCAGCAUCAUUCGUCCAAUUAUUCUGGUGUUCGAGGGAUCAUAGACAAUUCAUUACCUGAAGAUCUUAAUAUGUAUGGAGAUGACCCCAAUGCGCCUACACCUCAAGGGGAUGAUUUUUCUGGGGUGGAAGUGCCACAAAAUUCAUUACAUGUUCCACUUCAUGUUAUAACUGUGCUGCAUGAAACAUUUCCUCCUGGGGUGGAAGAUAGUAACCAAGGAAUGAACAUUUAUUUUCAAGUUAGACAAUUUUUAAUGUGUUAUUUUGCCUCUGGUUUCUAA